GUGUAGAGUGGAUAUAGAGGGGUGGUUUGUGGUGGGAAAUGCCCGGCUGUAACAACACACGAGCGAUCGGAAAGGCCCAAAUUCAGCGUGUGUUUGUGGAUUACAGUCAGACGAUCAUGUUAUUGAUCAAGCUUGAUAUAUGUCGCGUUAUAUCCAGUGUUUUAUUGAUCAGAUAUCAGCGAGUGUCGUCAUGCUGUAGGUCAGUGUGUGGCUAUAUUUGUAUGGAUUAGGACACUAAAAACACAUUUAAACUCCUGGAAUUAGCGAUUUGAUGUCGGAUCAUCUAUAGAUUAGUGUUGAUCUCGUCUCGGGAUUUUAAGGACUCUGUUUGUGUGUUUUAAAGGAGCUUGAGGGAUGAGAACAAUAGCGCUAGCACAGCCGGCUAGUCAAACACUGAUGCAUUAAGUCAUUUUAUUUGAAAUAUACCCGCGAUGGACAUCAGAGGAUUUAACGACCUGUUUAGUUAGUUAAAUUGACAUUUCACCUCGUAGAUGCAUUAAUCCAGGCAACGGGUUUGAUAUUGUAGAUUAGAUUAGAUGUGUAGUAUGACAUUAGCUGGUUAGCAUUAGCUGCUUCUUUGUUGUGAACUGGAUUUGCUUUGAAAUUGUUUCUGCUUUCGGUUUAGAAAAAGUCCCCUUUUUUGUUUACAUUUUAUCAGUUUUAUCUACUUUUAUCGUUUAUAUUAUCUUAUCUUUUACACUGGACCUUCAAUUGGCUGCAACAUUUGUGUUUUAGUGAGAUAGAGAUAAGGAAAUGUUGGACGGGUAGUGUUUAAUAUAGAUCAACACAAACACCGAUUUGUGUCGAAAUAACGGUAGUAAAGCCACAACGUGGCGCAUUUGAUCGUUUAAGAGCUGUUAUGGCCUCCACUUUGAGCUUAAAGAAGAUCUUUAUGUUAUGGACACAUCUGCUCUUCUUUGUCAAGGGAAAUGCAGUUUCUUCACAACGCAGUGAGAAUGUAUAUGUAUCAGGGAUGUCAAACGCCUGUGGAGAUGUGGCUGAGCAGAUCAGGGCAUCCACUGGAGUGAUAACCAGCCCUGGCUGGCCCUUUGAGUACCCGUCUCGCAUCAACUGCAGCUGGAACAUCAGAGCCAACCCUGGAGAGAUCAUCACCAUCAGUUUCCAGGACUUUGAGAUUCAGAGCUCACACCGAUGUGGUUUGGAUUGGAUUUCCAUUGGAACCUACAAGAACCUAAAUGGAUACCGGGCCUGUGGCUCAUCCAUGCCAGCUCCAUACAUCUCCUCUCAGGACCAUGUGUGGAUCAAGUUCCACUCUGAUGAAAGCAUGACUGGAAAGGGCUUCAGGCUCUCUUACAUAACAGGGAAAUCGGAGGAAGCCAGUUGCAAACCAGACCAAUUCCAUUGUGCUAAUGGAAAGUGUAUCCCAGAGUCAUGGAAGUGCAACACCAUGGAUGAAUGCGGGGAUAACUCGGACGAGGAGCUGUGUGUGCAGCCUAACCCCUCCGCGUUCUUCUCAUUCCAGCCCUGCGCUUUCAACCAGUUCCCCUGCCUCUCACGCUACACCCGCGUCUACACCUGCCUGCCAGAGUCCCUCAAAUGUGACGGCAGCAUUGACUGUCAGGACCUGGGUGACGAGAUUGACUGUGACGUGCCCACCUGUGGUGAGUUGCUGCGCAACUUCUACGGCACUUUCAGUUCACCCAACUAUCCUGACUUCUAUCCCCCUGGUAGUAACUGCACCUGGCUGAUCGACACUGGUGACCACCGUAAGGUUAUUCUGCGCUUUAUGGACUUUAAGUUGGAUGGCACGGGCUAUGGCGACUACGUUAAAGUCUACGAUGGGUUGGAGGAGAACCCUAGGCGUCUGUUGCGGGUGCUGACGGCCUUCGACUCUCGAGCCCCCGUUGCAGUAGUUUCAUCUUCAGGAAAGCUUCGUAUCCAUUUUAACGCAGACAAAAUCAAUGCAGCUCGAGGCUUUAAUGUUACUUACCAAGUAGAUGGCUUCUGCCUGCCAUGGGAGAUACCAUGUGGAGGGAACUGGGGCUGCUACACUGAGCAACAGCGCUGCGACGGCUACUGGCACUGCCCCAGUGGACGGGAUGAGCUCAACUGCAGCAACUGCCAGGAAGACGAGUUCCCAUGCUCACGAAACGGUGCCUGUUAUCCCCGCUCUGACCGCUGCAACUACCAGAACCGCUGCCCCAACGGCUCGGAUGAGAAGAACUGCUUUUUCUGUCAGCCCGGAAACUUCCACUGCAAGAACAACCACUGUGUGUUUGAAAGCUGGGUGUGUGAUGCACAAGAUGACUGUGGGGAUGGGAGCGAUGAGGAGAGCUGCCCGGUAAUCGUACCCACAAGAGUCAUCACUGCUGCUGUAAUUGGAAGUCUAAUUUGUGGCCUGCUGCUGGUCAUUGCUUUGGGCUGCACCUGCAAACUAUACUCACUCAGGAUGUUUGAGCGCAGGUCAUUUGAGACCCAGCUCUCCAGGGUGGAAGCUGAGUUACUAAGAAGAGAAGCUCCCCCCUCUUACGGACAGCUGAUUGCUCAAGGUCUGAUCCCCCCAGUGGAAGAUUUUCCUGUCUGCUCCGGAAAUCAGGCAUCUGUUUUAGAAAACCUCCGACUGGCAGUUCGUUCUCAGCUGGGCUUCACCUCAAUCCGACUCCCCACCACGGGCCGCCACGGUAACAUCUGGAGACGCUUGUUCAAUUUUACACGUUCGCGGCGGUCUGGUUCUCUAGCCCUGGUUUCUGCAGACACUGAAGAAGGACCUGCUGGUAGCAGUACAGCACGCGAGACAGAGCGACUCAGCUCUCACCGUGGACUCUUGCCCCUGGACUCUGAAGACACCGAUACCGAGAGCCAACGCCAUCCCCACAGGGACAUUCCAGGAGCUGUCGGAGGCCUGAUGGCCCCGCUUUCACAAAAAACUCCUCCUACCACAGUUGUGGAAGCCAUUGUGUCUGUCUCUGCCAGCUCUGCUCCACUGGUCAGCCGGGAGAACAGCAUUUCUGAGAGUAUCUCAGAAAGUUCAGGAGUGGAUGGACCUUCUUGCACCUCUUCUGCUGCCUCUUCUGGGAGGAGUCUCUUCAGCAGUGCUCUCAGCCGGGUUAGCCGCGGCCUCCGAUGGAUCCGCUUCUCACUAGGGCGCUCUGGGAAUGGUGGAUUGAGCAGCACAGGGCAGAAUCACAGCCCGCUGCGGCAGCUGGAGCAGGGAAGUACGGCCUGCACUGGUGUCGGCAUCAGGAGUGAGGAAGAGGACGAUGUGGAGCUCCUCAUUCCCGUUUCAGAUGCUGGAUCUCUGGACAGUGAUGAGAGCUCCAGACCCCUGCUGGAACCAGGCCUGGAGCAGGCCUUCAGGGCACACUCGGCCUCCCCUGUGGUCUCUCUGAGAGGCCGGCUGGUGGGCAGAGACGGCCCUUGUGAACACUGUGGUAUGGUCCACACGGCAAGGAUCCCUGAUGCUUGUCUAGAGGCAACUGCAAAAACGGAAACAAGUGAUGAUGAGUUACUGCUGCUCUGUUAAGACUUGGAGGAACUUCUUGACACUGUCCAUGACCCAUAUGACUCUAAAACACUCCCCUGCUCACAGCUUACCAUUUCUUUUGUCGCCAUGUAGUGGAGCGGAGGUGGAAUGUCUUAAGACACGUGUACUCUGAGAGCUUCAGAGUUCAAGUACUUUUAAAGACCAUGUGUAUGUGUCAUUCAGAAGAGUACGAGAGCACCCUGGUCCCACUCUCCCUUCCACUGUGCAAUAUUAGUAUUCGUUGAGAUGUUUACCAGGUCAAAAUCUAUUUUUCUGAAGACAAAUUUAGAUCACGUAGUGUAUAUAGCAAGUCACUCUGCAGUUCUCAAGCCGGGAAAGCAGCACAAAAAUGUCUAUCCUGCGCAGUUUGGAACAAAGAUAGGUCGCUUCCAGAGAUGUGUUACCUAACAUUUUAAGUUAUUUGUACUUUGAUGUCAGAUAUUUCUGUUGAAUUGAAAUAAUACACUCAAAAUCAAAGAUUCUGUCAUUUAUUCACCCUUCUGUCAUUCUAAACUCCUCUGAUUUUGUUUCUUCGGAGCAACACAAAGGGAGAAAUUUUGCUAAAUUUCCAAGUGGCUCAUUUUCAUACAGUGACCAGGGCUUUAAAGCUCUAAAAAGGAAAAGUUAAUACCAUAAAAUGAGUCCAUGUUACUUGUAAAGUUCAAUAACAGAAUAUUUAACAUCAUUAGUUCUCGUGUGUUACCGAUCAGAUCAGCAUUAACAUCAAACUUGGUAUUUUUUACACACCAUAUUUGAAAACAUAAAUGUGAUUUGAGAGCUGCAUUGCAAAAUGCAGUAACUGCCAACACUGAAACUGUAAUUUGUGCCGUUUUCACACUACAUUUUCUCAGAUUACAGAUUGUUGUCACAGAGCCACAAUUUUGAUCAUAACUAAAUUUUUAUGAAAUGUAGUUUGGAUUUUGAUGUGGCGAAAGGGAAAAUUGCCAGUGGUGCUUUGUAAUCAUUUUUGGAUUACUUGUCCCCCAUUCAUUCACUUUCGAUGCAAAAGAGCAGCUUGGAUGUUCUGCAAAACUUCUUUUGCAUUCCACUGAAGAAUAAAAGUCUUAAAGUUUGGAACUAAAUGAGAGUGAAUAGAUGAUGACGGAAUACACAUUUUUGGGUUCACUGUUCCUUUAAACUGCUUGCAAAAAGUGGGAGAUCACAUAAAAAUAAUAAAAAUGGUACAUUUGUUGAGUUUAGUGUGAGUUUGGUCCCUGCUAGAGCGGUUCUAGGUGUUACCCAUGAUUAUGUGUGAGGGACAUUUAUUUAUAACUAUAAAGUAUAUUGGAGCGAGAGCUAAUAUUUUUAAAAGAAUAAUGCAUUGUAUAACAGCCACUUUUGUUUGUUUGUAUUUAUUGUUUUGUUACCGAUAAACUUUUGGUAACAUUUUGGUACUGAGAAUUCUUGUGUGUGUAUGUGUAUUUAUUAUUGGUUUUCAUUUCAAUAGCGUUUACAUGAAAAGCAUGUCCGGCUGUCUUGUGCUUAUUUUUUCCAUUUUAUAAUGCGGUGUUAAUAUAACUACAUACACACAAACACACACUCAUAUAAAUAAGAGAAAAAGACAGCUGUCUACUGCACCAAGAGAAUAAAUAAGUUUUCAUCUCACUUGUGUCAUUUUUGUUUUCUAAAAUGUGUUCCUCUAGAUUUUGCUUGUGCCAUUUUGAAUGAAAAAAACUAACAUUUGUGGAGCGAAAAAGAUUGUGUUCUAUACAGAAUGACCGCAUAAGAGUGAUGUUAUUGGAAGCUAUAAAGCUUCUUCCUUUAGCAGGGAUGAAGUUAAUAUAUUUGGAAUACCAAGGAUUGAAGCUCAUAAAAGAUAGUUUGAAAGAUCCUUAAACACUGGAGAGUUUUUUCUUAUUGACUGUUAAUUGCAUUUAUUAGUGAAAAGGCAAUAAAAGGACAUUGAGUAAGACAGAUGGAGGAUUUGUGGGAAUUUGUGUAUUUGCACUGCUAGCCCCAAGUGGAAACUGAUCUGUUUUCUGUGAGAUUUCAGUUUGAUUCUUACCUGCUCUUCUCAUAGAUUAAACUGUCUACAAAACACUCAAACCCCUGACAUGCUGUGUAUGGAUGACCUAAUCCAAUAUUCUGACUUCCCAUUAAGUCACUGUUACAAGAAUAUCUGAACAACACAUGCACUUUGAGGGUAAUUCACGUAUAAUAUCACAGAUGUGCCCUAAACAAACUAUUUGCUGUCUCAUGUUCUCAUAAGUUUAGACAUUCAUGGUGAUGUUCUGAAAUGUACUUUGAUCCACAUGACUUACAGUGCAUUCAUAAAGUACCCCUCCUAAAGUAUGACCCCUUUUUCACAUUUUAUGUUGCAGCUUAAUGCUUAAAUGCUUCAAAUAAUUUGUUUAAUGUCAAUCUACACUCCAUACCCCAUAAUAAAGCAAAAAACAGAUUUUUUAGAACUUUGCAAAUUUAUUAAAAAGAAAAAACUGAAAUAUCACAUUGAUGUAAGUAUUCAGACCCUUUGCUAUGACACUUGAAAUUGAGCUCAGGUGCAUCCCAUUUUUCUGGAUCAUCUUUGAGAUGUUUCUAUGCUUUGAUUGGAGUCCACCUGUGGCAAAUUCAAUUGAUUUGACAUGAUACAGAAAGGCACACACCUGUCUAUAUAAGGUCUCACAGCUGAAAAUGCAUAUCGGAGCAAAAACGAAGCCAUGAGAUCAAAGGCACUGCCUACAGAGCUCAGAGACAGGAUUGUGUAGAGUCACAGAUCUGGGGAAGGCUACAAAAAAAACUUUAAGCUGUAUUGAAGGUUCCCAAGAGCA